CUUCGCACUCACCUGAUUCCCAGCAGAAGGAGGCGAGAGAAGUGGAUGAGGAGCAGAGACCUGGGCUGCCUUUUAUAGUGGCCCUGCAGUGCCUCAGGCCCACAGGCACCUUUGUGGCAGCAGGAAUUUCCUGGCAAGCUCAUGGCAAAUGCAAACCCUCCCAGGUAAUGGCAGGGGCCGUGUCCCAGUUUCCAGCACUGCUGCCUUUUAAUUUCCUGGCUCAUGUGCUUUGCCAUAGGAAGGCUUCUGUCAGUGCCGGGGUGAGGAGCCCAAGGGUUUGCAGUGGAGGAUCCCACAACUGUAGGCCCAGCACAGGUGUCCUGAGAGCACUGUUGGUGCUGCAGUAGGCUCCAGCCCUCCCAGCAGAAGCCCAUCUGCACACAACAAUGGCCUUCCCUCAGAGAGAGCUGAGGGGAGCAAGAGGAAAGGCUGUGCCAUGUCCUCUGCUGUGGCAGCCCUUGGGCAUGCGGAAGAGAAGCAGCAGAGCGGUGCCCAUUUCCUGACACCUUGGCCACAAGCAAGCCCACAGGAAUGAGCCAGGAGCACAUCCCCUGCCUGCACGGGAUGCACCAGCCCUUGAUGGGAGGCUUCUGCUGCGCUCACGUGGUUCUGCCUGGAAACCCUUGGGCUUCUCAUCCCGGCACUGACAGAAGCCUUCCUAUGGCAAAGCACAUGAGCCAGGAAAUUAAAAGGCAGCAGUGCCGGAAACCGGGACACGGCCCCUGCCAUUACCUGGGAGGGUUUGCAUUUGCCAUGGGCUUGCCAGGAAAUUCCUGCUGCCACAAAGGUGCCUGUGGGCCUGAGGCACUGCAGGGCCACUAUAAAAGGCAGCCCAGGUCUCUGCUCCUCAUCCACUUCUCUCGCCUCCUUCUGCUGGGAAUCAGGUGAAGCUCCAGCAUCCAGACAUGUCCUGCUGCAACCCGUGCGUGCCCUGCCAGCCCUGCGGCCCGACCCCGCUGGCCAACAGCUGCAAUGAGUGCUGUGUCAGGCAGUGCCAGAGCUCCACCGUCGCCAUCCAGCCCUCCGCCGUGGUGGUGACCCUGCCCGGCCCCAUCCUCAGCUCCUUCCCUCAGAACACCGUUGUGGGCUCCUCCACCUCCGCUGCCGUUGGCAGCAUCCUCAGCUGUGAGGGAGUGCCCAUCAACUCCGGGGGCUUCGACCUCUCCUGCAUCACCAACCGCUACUGCGGCACCAGGUGCAGACCCUGCUAAAGCUGCUGCCAGCAUCCUCGGGCAAGGACCUCCACCACCUCCCACCAUGGAUCUGGACAGGAGAUAGAGCUUCGCGGCGCUGUUUCCUUCUCCCACUCUCCUCUCCAUUCCUUUCCUGUCUCCACCUCCUGCACCAGCCCAGUGGGGACCUCUUGGCCUCCCUCCCUCCCUGUGAGGGACAGGCAGGCGGACACCCUGCAGGAGCUGCACCGCAUCUUGGUGCCUGCCCCCGGUGCUCCCUGGGAGCCACCUCCUUUUCUUCUU